CGUGUCAAUUGUUCCGUUUUGCCGUCAAAAGUCGCUCGCUGGUGCCGUCAACAGUGCAACCGAGUCGGUAACAGCAGCACGUUUUUUGGGCGAUGGGAAUCGCGGCCAUGCGCAGAGAGGAGGCAGAAUCGCACCUUUUUCUACUUGUUUCAACUUGGCUUCCUUCGUGCACUUUGACAUCGGAGAGGACGCCACCUAGCCAAGCGCGGGGUUCGGAACCCGUUUGGAUUGGAUCCACUUGCAAGUGCACCGUGACAGACGUGGGCGGGUUUUGACGCACACUCGCGGACCCCCUCCUCUCCACGAUAAAGCACUGGGAGGACUUGUUGCGCUUCACCAGGGGGGCGCGCACCAGUCUGGUUUUGCUCCAAAAGAACCAAACAUAGACACGGCCGGUUGCGUUCAAGGACCCAAACAGUUGAAGCCAGUGGAUGUCGUUGUGAUUCAACACCGCGCGAUUACGCACACACACAUACGCGUACACACGCUUGAUCAUUCUUUGUUUGAACAUUUAAAUGGCAUUCAAGCACAACCGAGCCAAACUUUCCACAGGUUGAUUCAUUUCCUUUUUCAAAUCACCGACUCGAGCCGCAUCAACAUGUCCGAGCGCGAUGGACUGUGCAGCGACGGAGCGCCGGACUCUAUCCCGGCUAGAGUGUCCCGCGGCCGGCGCAGCGGUGUCAUCCUGCCCGGCGGGGGCGGUCAGGACCCGGAGACCACGCUGCUGGAGUCCGUGAAGGCAGCACCCCGUCGAAGCAGCAUCAUAAAGGAUCCUUCGGUGCAGAAGGUGGGCGGAGGCAGAAAGAAGACUGUGUCAUUCAGCAGCAUGCCCUCGGAGAAGAAGGUAAACAGCGCAGCCGACUGCCUGGCCUUCAUGCAGGGCGGAUGCGAGCUGAAGAAGGUGCGCCCCAACUCCCGGAUCUAUUGUCGCUUCUACACGCUGGAGGCCGACCUGAGCUGCUUGCGCUGGGAGCCGUCCAAGAAGGAUGGGGAUCGGGCCCGCCUGGACGUUGUCAGCAUCCGAGAGGUGCGAACAGGCAAGAGCACCGAGACCUUCCUGCAUAACGGACCCCUGUGCGAACAACUGGCUGAGGAAGCCGCAUUCUCUGUCAUACAUGGGGAGGACUACCAGUCUCUAGAUUUGGUGGCACUCUCAGCGGAUGUGGCCAAUAUCUGGGUGACGGGCCUCCGUUACCUGUUGGCGCACCCAUCGAUCGUUGGCGGCGGACUCGCAGGAGGAAGCGAUUUGGGAGAAGCAGCAACGAUGGAGGGCAGUCUGGGCAGCAAGAUGAGGAGCGAGUGGCUGGCGACAGAGUUUGCUCGAGUGGACGAAGAUGGUUACGGCAUCGUGUCUGAGGAUGUGGCAGUCACGACUAUCGUUAAACUUUGCCCUGGAAUCAAGGAAGCCAAGGUCCGUCUGCGCUUCAAGGAGAUCCAGCGCAGCAAGGAGAAGCUGACCUCCCAUGUGACGCGUGAGGAGUUCCAGGAGGCUUACUGUGAGCUGUGCACCCGGCCGGACGUCUACUUCCUGAUGGUGCAGUUGGCCAAGGACCGCGAGUGUCUGGACCCUCAGGAUCUGCGCCUCUUCUUGGAGACGGAGCAGGGUCUGUCCUUGGCCACCACCGAGGGCUGCUUGGAGCUCCUGAGGCGCUAUGAGCCCUCUGCACAGGGCAAGGAGAGGGGGCUGCUGGGGCUGGAUGGCUUCGCUCGCUAUCUGCAGUCUCCUGAGUGUCAGCUGCUUGACCCUGAGCACGAGGGGGUUUGCCAGGACAUGAACAUGCCUCUGUCACACUACUACAUUAGCACCUCGUACCGGUCCUACCUUCUGGAUGAUCAGGUUCAUGGCAGAGCAGACCUUGGCGGGCUGAUCAAAGCCCUUCAGUCUGGCUGCCGGUGCCUGGAGCUCGGAGUAACUGAUGGCCCAGAAGGAGAGCCUCUACUUGGGGUUGACUAUGGUCCAGACAUCCCUUGCCACCAUCAUCAGCAUUACCACCACCACGCACCCGUCACCAUCCGCUCCGCUUUGGAGGUGGUCAACAAGUACGCCUUCCUGACCUCGCGGUACCCACUCCUGGUCUACUUGUGCCAACGCUGCUCAUUAGCCCAGCAGCGUACGAUGGCACAGCAUCUGAAGAAAGUACUCGGCUCCCGGCUUUACACUCCGGAAUCCCUACCAGUCAGCUUGGGGGGUCGAGCCACCACCUUACCAUCCCCUGAGCAACUGAAGGGACGUGUCCUAAUAGUGGGCAAGAAGCUCCCUCCGGAUCAUGAAGGAUCCGACGGGGAAGUGUCUGAGGAGGAAGAAGAGAUCGGAGGAGGGGGUCCUCUGGCCGGGCGGCGGUUGACCAUCCCGGGUGAGGAGGAUCUGGGUGUGGUUUUGGUGGUACCUCCACCCUCUCAGCCGAGGAAACUGCGCCUCCACAAAGAACUCUCGGACCUGGUGGCCAUCGCUCGGAUAGACAGCCGCCACUUUUACGCCCAACGAGCUGUUCGCAAGCAGCACUCGCCGCCCAGCAGUCCCGGCUCUCCCGGCACUCCCUCGGUGAACGAGACACCCUAUUGGACGCUGUGCUCCUUGGGUGAAGGGGAGGCCGGGCGGCUGACCACAGAGAGUCCGGAAGACCUUGUCAUGUUCACCAAGCGCACUUUAACGAGGGUGCGGCCCAGCUCGGUGCGUCUGGAUUCCAGUAACCCAAACCCGCAGGGAUACUGGAAAGGUGGUGUGCAGCUCGUGGCCUUAAACCAGCAGACCCCCGGCGCCAUGCUGGACCUUCACAGGGGCCGCUUCUCUCAAAAUGGAGGGUGUGGUUACGUCCUCCGACCUGCUGUCAUGAGGGAUGAAGUAUCCUAUUUCAGCGCCCAUACACAUGGCUGCGUGCCUGGUGUACCACCGCAAACUCUUCGCAUUAAGGUUAUUAGUGCACACAACCUACCCAAACCUCAGGGAUCAGGCGCCAAGGGAGAGGUCAUUGACCCCUACGUGGUUCUGGAACUACACGGAGUACCUGCUGACUGUGCGGAGCAGCGCACACGCACUGCUCUGCAGAACCAGGACGACCCCCUCUUUGACGAGACCUUUGAAUUCCAAGUGAACAUGCCCGAGCUAGCCCUCCUUCGUUUCGUUGUGCUGGACGAUGACUACAUUGGAGACGACUUCAUUGGCCAAUUCAGCGUGGCGUUCGAGUGCCUUCAGUCCGGCUACCGCAACGUGCCCCUGCUGGGCUUGAUGGGGGAGCCCUUACCCCACGCCAGCCUCUUUUUGCAUGUAGCCGUCACCAACCGGCGAGGGGGCGGCAAGGUCCACCGCAGGGGCCUGUCGGUGAGGCGGGGGAGCCGGCGCGGGCGCGAGUAUGUCACCUUGAGGAACACGGGUAUCAAGGCGGUGGAUGAGAUUUUCAAACUGGCCAGUGCACCUCUCAAAGAGGUGAUGGACCUGCGGGAAGAAGCUCAGGGCACUAUGGCCAGUUUCAAAGAGCAGUGUGGGCUCCCCACAGUGGCCAAACUCAAGCAGUGCAUUCAGAGCCUGGCCACCAGGCUACAGAGCCCGGAGGGCACCAUGGGGGCCACCAUGGUGCUCAAGGAUGGCUACCCGUGUCUGGAGGCUCUCGUCAGUGUGUCCGAGCCCACCCGCAAGCUGCUCUCUGCAUAUGACACGGUCAGUGCAAAACUCAUUUUGGAUUGCAAACCAUAUAACCUGAUUGCGUGUGUAACGGUGUAUUUUGUAGGCAUGGAAUUCCAUGAAGAUCUGUCUCGGUUGGCGGAGAAGGAAGGAAUGAAAGGAUGCAAGCUGAGCAAAGCUGUCGAAAGUUUCACCUGGAACGUUACUGUGCUCAAGGGUCAGAGCGACCUGCUCCGCGGCGCCAAGAUGGAUUCCCUGGAUGCCCUGAGGCAAGUGGCACUGGCCUGCGAGGCCUCCGGACUCACUCAUCCUCCCUCCAACAACUCCGCAGCCACAUUCUCCGCGGCCGAGCUGCACUACACCUCUCAUAACUUUAGCGGGCGCCGAAGUAGCACGCACAGCAACGGACGCAUCUGAUGUCGUUUCUUGAUGAGCGGGAUGCGUCCCUUUAUCCGGUGCAGUGUGAGUUCCACUCUGUGAGAGUCUUACCGUGGUUCGAACUGAACAGAGGCCUUUUCUGAAUGACGCAAAAUUACCGCUUUAUUUUCUGACAGAACAUUAAGCCUCAGUCUAACUCAACUCCAUUUUUGUUGAAUUAGUAACGUAUCAGAAAAUACUCUGAGAUUUUAUUUAAUUCUUCAUAUUUAAUAUAAAGAUCAUAUAAGGGUCACAUGGAAUCAAUAAAUUAUUUUGAAAAAAAAGCAUUGAAAAUGUCACAUUGAAUGGAUGAAAUUCUUUUUAAGCAUUUAAAUUACAAUAGUGUCAGGAGGCCAUAUGGAUUUUAAUUUAUUUAUUGAAUGAAUCCUAAAUAAGUGCUUCUGGAUUUAAGACCCCCAACCCACACACCUCUAAUUAAUCUUUACUUGCUGUUUUUGCAUUUGGACCCCUUGCACACUGUCACUACAAAAAAAAAGAACCCAGCUAAUAAUAUUGUAUAUUUGUAUAUUGUGAUUUCUAUAUUCAUAUGAAGCUUAGUCUAAUUGGAUUUUCUGGUUUCAGACGCUGGAUAUUACUAGACUUUAAUUUCACGGUCAAUUUGAAUUUCCUCCUCUCCUGCUUUAAGUCAGUAAUAUCCUGUUAGAAACUCUGUCAUUUCACAGAUGAUCACGUUACAUAAAUGAAAUGUAUGCACAGUAUUCAUAAGCAACCGCAUUAUAAUGCAGGUUGUUCGGUGGCCUUUGGUUUUCCUGUCAUGUUAACUCGGAGAGAUUGAAAUGCGAGGACGCGUAACUGGAGAGGUUGUUUGCUCAAAGUACACGUGCGGAUCACAUGACCCCCCAUUUCCGGCGACAUGUGCGACAGGGUGUAAGUCAGUAUGACGCUCUCUGUCAUGGAUGUAGUAUAGCAAUAACAACAAUAGAGAUGUACGUGCGUUAAAUAAAGAUAGAUUCGGCUG